GGGGGCGUGUGCCGAGCCGCCGCCGGAGUUCUGGGAAGUUGUGGCUGUCGAGGAUGGGGGUCUGUGGGUCCCUGUUCCUGCCCUGGAAGUGCCUCGUGGUCGUGUCUCUCAGGCUGCUGUUCCUUGUACCCACAGGAGUGCCCGUGCGCAGCGGAGAUGCCACCUUCCCCAAGGCGAUGGACAACGUGACGGUCCGGCAGGGGGAGAGCGCCACCCUGAGGUGCACGAUUGACAACCGGGUCACCCGGGUGGCCUGGCUGAACCGCAGCACCAUCCUCUACGCUGGGAAUGACAAGUGGUGCCUAGACCCCCGCGUGGUCCUCCUGAGCAACACCCAGACCCAGUACAGCAUCGAGAUCCAGAACGUGGACGUGUAUGACGAGGGCCCCUACACCUGCUCCGUGCAGACGGACAACCACCCCAAGACCUCCCGCGUCCACCUCAUUGUGCAAGUAUCUCCCAAAAUUGUGGAGAUUUCUUCAGAUAUCUCCAUUAACGAAGGCAACAACAUCAGCCUCACCUGCAUAGCAACGGGUAGACCGGAGCCCACAGUUACCUGGAGGCACAUCUCCCCCAAAGCUGUGGGCUUUGUGAGUGAGGACGAAUAUUUGGAAAUCCAGGGCAUCACCCGGGAGCAGUCAGGGGACUACGAGUGCAGUGCCUCCAACGACGUGGCGGCCCCAGUGGUGCGGAGAGUCAAGGUCACCGUGAACUAUCCUCCAUACAUUUCAGAAGCUAAGGGGACCGGCGUGCCUGUGGGACAGAAGGGGACCCUGCAGUGCGAAGCCUCCGCGGUUCCCUCGGCAGAAUUCCAGUGGUACAAGGAUGACAAAAGGCUGGUUGAAGGAAAGAAGGGGGUCAAAGUGGAAAACAGACCUUUCCUCUCAAAACUCAUCUUCUUCAACGUCUCUGAACACGACUAUGGGAACUACACGUGUGUGGCCUCCAACAAGCUGGGUCACACCAAUGCCAGCAUCACACUGUUCGAAGUGAAAACCACAACUCUGCCCCCUGGGAAAGGCCCAGGCGCCGUCAGCGAAGUGAGCAACGGGACGUCGUCGAGGAGGGCGGGCUGCCUCUGGCUGCUUCCUCUCCUGGUCUUGCACCUGCUUCUCAAAUUUUGAUGUGAGAGCCGCAUCCCCGACGGGGAGGAGCCGCCGCACCGUCAGCACGUCAGCGAUGGCGACCGACAGCAUCAAGGCGAGCACCCCUGUUCUAAAGCAGACACGAUCCCACCAAAUUCAGACAACAGAGCCGAAGGGGACACAGAUUCAAGGGAGGGGAACCAAGAAUGCUCUGGGAAAACGAAUUGAACGAGGACACUGGAAGUCACCGUGCAGAUACCUAGGUACAGCCGAGUUUUCUUUCUUUUUCCAAAUGGGAAGAACGCCCGUGGCUCUGGACCCACCCGUAAACUGCAUGGCGUGACCUCUGUUACCAGGCGGGCAGGGGCUCAGCUGCUCUGCCCACCACAGUGCCCCCCCACCAAGGAAAAUUCUGGAGUUCGGCCACCCCAAAUUCAAUCAUUCCGUAGAGAAGAACUCAGAGGGAGGCGAGUGGGCCCGUUCCUGGAAUGUGUCCCUAUUUUGUGUGUGUGAUGAAAUGCAGCAUCAAAAAGAUAAAUAAAAAGGAAAAAACAAGACAGCCUGACAGCUACAACAAUCCCACAAUCAACAGUCACAAAAGAUAUUCUUAAACGUUCUUUUUUUUCGUUUGUUUUUCAUUUUACUACAAGGACAUCAUGGAUAAUAAGGGAUUCUGAUUCAUUAUUAAUUUUAUUAAUUAUAUUUUCUGAUAUGAGUCUUAAACUUAGUGCAAAAACAAGACAAAACUAAAAAAAAAUUAAGUACAGAGAGGAAAGGGGUGAAGGGAAGUGUGUUUGUUCAAGGUUAGACGUGAAUAGUGUACUUCUUACCUAGGUUUACAACUGGUGGACCACACACCAGGCUAAUCACCUGGUGAGGAUUUGGCAAAUCCACCAAAAAAAAAAAAAGAAAAACCACAUACAAUUUAACCAACAUCUCCACCAGCGCUACAGAUUUCUUAUUCUGUGCAUUUAAUGCAGACAAUACGAUGCUUCUACAUGCUGUUUAGAAACAGAAGGGUGACCUGCACUGUAUCUUGAGUUUGCUGACAAUGCUUCUUUUGAUGACAUAUAUUAUACAGUAUAUAUAUAUACAUAUAUUUUUUUUGUUAGAGUUCUAGCCAUUUCCUUUCUCAGCAGGGUCCUUUCUCAAACAUUACUGCAUGCUGUAUAUGGCGUUAGCUGUGUGUUGCUCUUCAAAAAGAUGAUAGAGUUUACUGGUAAUUGUGUAAUCAACUUCUGCCUUUUUAUUUUCUUGGGUUAUUCACAUGUCAGAGACAUUUCUAAAACGUGACAAGAGAAACAAAACGCUAACACCAGGCGCAGCAUCUUUUCCAGGGGCGGCUCUCGGACGCGAGGGCUUAUGCGGGAGGCCCGGCUUCUCCAGCAAGAGCCCCGGGUGUGGACAGACAGACAGCAAGCUGCCGAACCAACUCCGCAGUCAGUAACCACUCGCUUUAGCCCGUCAUGGGAAUCUAGGAUGCCUUUGUGAGCGCUGGAGAAUCGAAUCCUCUUGGUUUAUUUAAUUUCCCACCUUUGUGUGCGUGUGUAUGAAAGAGAAGAAAAGGCAGUUUUUAGGUAAACUUUUCUUCGUCCCCCGAAGUCUGGGAACCGGAGGGGCCUCGGGGAGGGGUCCUGAUGUGGUGAGGGAAGGUGGGAUUGGGGGCUGGGAGGGAAGGGUUGUCUCUGACUUGACAUUAAAAAGUGUUCCAUGUCCCUCU